AUGGCAUCUUCAAACGCAACAGUUCGCCACGCGAGCCGUGAAGAUGUUCCUACAAUUCUCGCUCUGAUCGAGGAGCUUGCUCUCUACGAGAAAGCCAGUGACAAGGUCGACUCUACCGAGGAAAUCCUUACACGCACCCUUGCACACUACGAUCCUUCCACCUCGACCUUUUCUGAAGGCUUCGCCCGAACACUCCUCGUUACUGACCCUGACGGCACCGUAGCUGGCAUGGCUCUAUACUUCUACAACUACAGCACAUGGACAGGCGUGCCAGGUAUCUACCUGGAAGACCUCUUUGUUAAGGAGAACUACAGGAAGAAGGGUUACGGGAAGAGACUCCUGAAGGAGCUUGCUGGAGAAGUCCUGAAGAUUGGUGGCAAGAGGCUCGAAUGGAGUUGCUUGACUUGGAACGAGCCCAGUCUUCAAUUCUAUCAGAGCGAGGCUGUAGGUGCGCAAACGAAAGAUGCAUGGGUGGGUCUAAGAGUGGAGGGGGACGCACUAGGGAAGCUCGCGCGUUCGUAG